AUGCCUCGUGCAAAACCCGUGCUCCUGGUGCUGCUCGCGCUGUUCGCGCGCGGCGGCGACGCGGCGCAGCUGACCACCAAUUACAAGCGCGUGGGCAAGCGCGUCGAGUUCGGCGGCUCGUGGCUCAUCCGCGAGACCUUCGACGACGGCGUCGACGCGGCGCGCGCCGCGGCCUGGCUGGAGGACCCGCGGCGCGUCCUGGCCGCGGCCUGGCCCGCCGAGCACAUCCGCGCAUCCGACGGCGGCGGCGGCGACGUCCUCGCGUUCGCGCUCACGCAGGACCCCAUCGACUUCGCCGGCUUGGUACACGUCGACUGCGUCGUCGACGUCGACGUCGCGCGCGAGCCGCGCGGCGGCGUGUCGCUCGCGUCGCGGAGCGUCGAGGCCUUCGCGACGCUCCGGGGCAAGCGGCGGCCCGUGCCGAUGGACUUCCGGCUCCGCGGCCACCUCGAGGGCCAGCCCGACGCCGGCGGCGCCGCGGCGCUCGUCGGCAGCUUCGAGUACUCCAUGUCCGCGGACCUCAUCGGUCCCCUCGUGUUCGUGCCGGACCGCGCGCUGCGGCUCGCGGCGGCCGGCGCUUAA